AAUAUCAUCACCCUUUUCAUGUAAAGAGACAAUGCGAGAGUGGUACUUGCCUGGUGCUAGAACAGUGCUUUCCGAUGGCCUCGAAAUUUGAGCCAUUUCAUAUCUCGCUCGUCGCAAACCGGUAUUUUAUUCAUGAUGUCGAUGUGAUAACAUAUAUUCGCCGGGAACAUCACAUCUGUGGUGUUCUUCUCGGGAGCAUACCUCAGAUUCCUCAACAGAACGUCUUCUUGGGCGCGCCCCUGGAAUUGAUGCCCGAAGAAGCCCGACUCCUAUUUGAGAAGGGGGCUGCGGUCGUUGUCGAUGAUCUAAGUCUACACAAGGAUGCGAUAGCAUUUUUGCCACACCACGUGAAGCACGAUUAUUUGCGAGAUCUACGUGACCAAGGCAUGAUCGCCGGCCGUGGUGUUCAAAAGAGAACGGAAGAGCGGAAGCAUAAAGCCCUGGAGAGACUCGGUCUCCAGGAUCCGCCUACCUCUGGGCCCUGUGACACCACAGCCCCCAAGGAGGAACCACUCUCCAAUAAUGCAAUUGACAGCUUACCCUAUUUCGACGCGCCUCUCGUAUAUAAUGUAACACCACCGCUUUCCGGGCGGAUACUCCCUCCUACUGACCAGCCGACGGAGCUCAAGCCCCCGAAAGUACCCUUUUCGUACCCUCUAUAUGAGUUCUUACAUGCAAAAGGCUACUUUAUCUCCCCAGGUUUGCGUUUUGGAUGCCAGUACCUUGUAUAUCCCGGUGAUCCUCUGCGCUUUCACAGUCACUUUCUCGCUGUUGGAGGAGCAUGGGACGAAGAAAUGGAUCUUCUAGACAUUGUAGGAGGCGGUAGACUUGGAACAGGCGUGAAAAAGGGGUUCCUGAUUGGCGGCGCGGAGACCGAGGAACAAGCUUGCAAGGGCCAUGCCUCAACUCCCGACGUCAGAGUAUUUUGUGUUGAAUGGGGUGGAAUGUAAUCCAUUCCCUCGAUUAGCAUCAGCAUCCUAUGCUUUUUUUUUUUUGGGAUUCGCCUUCGGCAAGCUCCUUCUGGUGUUCUGGUUGCGGUAGAUGAAUAGCGAUUCGUAAUUGAUACCCUUGCAAGACCUUCAGAAACUCUUUAGCAUUGGAAAUAAAGUCGUC